GAAACCGGCCGUCAGGCAGGGCAGGCAGCAUGUCGUCCUCCAAAGACGCCCCCUUGAGCCCUCGAUCCCAGCUGGCGCUGAGCUGCUUCGAGGAGCUCCUGGACUGUGCAGUGGCGGACGUGGCGUCGGAGUGCCACCGCAUCGCGCGCCUCGGCCUGGACCGCAGCGUCGACACCGAGGAAGAGGAGCUCUGCGUCUGGGCCGAGCGCGCAGCCGCCGCCGCCGCCGGAGACCUCCACCCUGGGUCCGGGUCCGGCGGGGGUGGCGAGGAGGGCGGCGGGAGCAAGGGCGGGGUUGACGUGUUUGGUCAGACGCACCCCGCCAUCGCCGCCGACGUCGUCGAGUGCAUGAACUGCGGCCGCCAUGUCGUCGCAGGCCGCUUCGCGCCGCACCUCGAGAAGUGCAUGGGCAAGCUAGCCAAGAGUCCAAGCCUUUGUGAGGUUUCCACGCCAUUUCAUUUCCGUCUAACAGAUGGCAGUCAGCUGUUAGGUAGUGCUGGAAAGGCAAAUCUACCUUUGAAGGUCAUAUGCCUAAAUUUGGCAUUGAUCGGGGGUUGCUGAGUCCAAGAUAUGAUCAGAUGGCGCCAUAUAAUUCUGCAACACGAUCAACUGAUGGAUUCAUGGUCAACUUUUUCUAUUGGCUGAUGGAGUUAGCACUAAAGAGAAAUGGCAUGGAAGGUAGAAGUAGGACGCAACAAAAUUUUUAUUUGGCAGAGGCUGGGCUACAUUUGUUGGUACAUUAGGGCUUAACAUUAGAAAGCAUGGCAUAUAAUAUAUGGGGUAUUUGCAAAUUUGCCACUGGUUUUUUAUUUUUUGCAAGAAUGCUACUCGAAUGAAGUUCUGGUGGUAUUUUUGCAGUUUUCUAGUAGCAAGUUUACAAUAACGGUUCAAAGUAGUGGCAAAUUUGCAAUUGCCCCAUAAUAUAUUGGAUGCUUUUUGAGAAAUAAUGUGGGUCGUUGACCCCACAACUAUUACAUAGAUCGACCGCUGUUUCAGGAAUUUGCUUAAAUUGUUUUAAUUUCUGCUCUCAGUUACAAUUAUGAUCAUUGUCCAAAGAUUUUAUUCAUCAAUCUGACCUUUGUGCACCUGAUUCAGUUUCCAGCAUUAUAAUUGACUCUUCACUAUUUAUUGGGCUGAUUAAAAGUUGAUUACGGACUUCUGUUUGAUUUUUGGUGCAAAUCUAGAUUAUGCUGAUAAUGACAUGACAAUAUCUAAAUGAAACCAUCUGUAUCUUAAAUCACAUUAAGAGGCUAAUUGAACUCAUAAUGUUGGAACGGGAUAACUCAGAUGCAUCAAGCAGUUGGUAUGAACCGGCUUUCAUUACACUUCAUAUCUGAAUUUGCAUUCUUCAUACCAUGCCGAACUGUCUAAUAUGAAUUAUUAUGGUAAGUUUUUUUUUUUUUUUUUUUUUUCCUGUUGGGACCGGAUGAAAACAUAACAGAAUCCUCUAGUAUGCUUCAGCCAAAAACAAAAAGGCCUUAAAAGAAAUCCAUAAGAACAUCCGUAGUUCCAUACAGAAUUGGAGAUCAUCAUCAUCUCAAGAAAAGGAAAAAGUCCAUUUUACAACCCUCAACUAUGAGCUCAGUCUGGUUUUCAACCCUCGACCAUGAAACCAUUCACUUUUCAACCCUCAAAUGUUAAAGCUGUUCACUUCAACCUUGGCUCAAAUUUAGAGUGGUUUUGGGUGACAUGGCCUGAUGCUGGAUCGUUUCCUUUUCUUUAUUUUUAAGGAUUAAUUUUGUGAAGCUCUUUAUCUCAAUUCAGUACCAGUGGCUGGGAUAGUUUCCUUUUCUUUUUGCUUUUGGGACCUAUCUGGACCUUGAGGCUUUCUAGUUCUUGAUUUAAUCUAGUUUGCUAGUUGGACGUUCGAGAAAAAAAGUUUGCUAGUUGGAGAUAGCUUCAUGAAGAUGUAGUAGCAUUCUCGUCAUGUUUAUAUUUUAUUGUUUUUCUAUGAUGAUGAUGUGUUUGCUCCACCUAUUUCUUGGUUGGAACUAAUAUUUCUAGCAUGAAGAAAGUUAAUUUCUAUACUAGCUCUUUAGGGAAAAUAGGUAAUAUGCUGCAGCAAUGUAUUGUGAUUUGUGCAUGCAUUUGAUUCACUCACGUCUAG